AUGUGUGACAGUGGCGACAUAGGAACGCAGCGGAUGCCCACAUAGCCACGAAACAUACCUAGUAUUCAUGAUAGGGUACGACAAUCUCGACGCAGUGCACGGCUUCUGGCUCCGCCCUUAAGAACCUACGGAGGCCCCCCGUCACAGCGGCUCAUCAUGACCGAGAUAUUGAAGGCUACGACAAAGUGGAGCGACCACGGAUUCGCCAACCCGCACCCAACAUGAUGACACCGGAACAGAACCUCGCCUUCCUAAUCUCCAUGCAGCUCAUCGACGUCGGCAUCUGCGUGACGCGCUUCAUGCUUCUGCGGCAUCACACACGCAAUGCGCACGACUGGAUCGCGGAUACCUCCUUCCUGCUGGCCUUCUCCAUCAACUUCUCGCUGCUGUGCUUGAUGAUGACGCAGGCGCGAGAGGAGCGCCGCGCACUCGACCUGUUGGGCGGCAAUCUCACCUUGGUCGCCGCGUACAUGUACAAGCCCUACUGGACACGAAUCACCUACGUCAUUGGUCUCGGAAAUAUCGUCGAGUUAUGGAGCAUGAAGGCCGCCUUCCUUUCCUUCUACUGGGGACUCUUCAAUCGCACACAGACACGAUUGCGAUUUCUCCUCCACAUGUGCAUCGCCGUUGUUGCGGCCAGUGGCAUCGCCGUGAUAAUAAUGUACUUGACGUGGUGUACGCCCAUUCAGAACAACUGGGCUUCCGAUUAUGAAGUCUACGUCAAAUGCGCCUACCUCAGCAAUCGGUUCACUCUAAUCCUCCAAAGCGCCCUCAACAUCAGCACUGAUGUUCUAAUCCUCCUCCUACCGAUCCUCGUCAUCUCGCGGCUACUGCUCGAACGGAACGUCCGAAUCGCGCUGAUAUUCGCCUUCCUCCUCGGCGGAGUCGCGCUGGCGGCAACCAUCGUGCGCCACAUCGUGAUGAACAAGAUCCUGCACAACGACAGCACGGCGGCCGAGAACUACACCCGGCGCAAGACCGUCGAGGUAUGGGGCAUCGUCGAGAUCUCCGCCGCGAUGCUCGCGUUCUGUCUGCCGCUAUUCCGGCGGCACCUAGUGCGGAUCUUCGGCCCGGGGGGCGUGCUGGGGAGUAGUAAGAACCGCAGUGCGUCUGGUCGGCAGUCGGGGCGGGCGGAUGUUACGGUCGGCGGGAGUUCGCGAGGCACCCGCGGGAAGCCCGCGGGUCCGGGGAGGAAGAGGGAUUAUAUGGAGACUGAUGUCACGGUCACGCAGUACCUCGGCAUGGUCGAUGAGGAGCGUCCGCCGGUGCAUACGGCGGUGGAACUGCAGGAUUGGGCGCGGUCGUCGGCGUCGAGUCAGGAGAGGCUGAAGGGCGCCGAUGAGUGCCCCGAUGAGGCGCCCGAUGGAUAUACUGAGCUCAGUGCGCCGAGCGUGAAUACACUGGGGAGGGCGCUGUAAUGAUAAUGUUUAUAUCACGUAAUUGGCGG